AUGCCUAAGGAUAAACCUUCCUUUAAAUCUUCCAAUAAAUCUAUUGAUCCUUACACUGUUAAUAAGAUUCUUAUUCAAGAGGUUAAAACUUUUCAAGACCAGAAUAAAAAUCUUUCUGAUACAAUCAGUACAAUUAAUAGUACUCUUACUCAGCUUUCAAAUCUUGUUUCUAAAGUUAUCAUCCUUGCAGUUGCUUCUUAUACUGCUGUUCUUCAAUAUCAUAAUUUUUACGAUAAAAAUUAUCACUAUAUACCUUUAGAAGAUACUUCGUUAUCUCAGGAUUCUUUUCUUGUCCCUGAAAACUCCCAAGAUUUUUUUGACGAUAUUCUUGUUGAAUUAUUAGUUAAAGAUUCAAUAGAGCCCAAAAUUUCUGAUAACAUACCCAGUUUUGUUGAUGACUUGAUUAUCACUCUUUCUAAUGCCUCGACAUAA